UGGUCUUAGCCCAAGAGGUCAUUAAAACGCCCCGCCUCCCACAAAACCCUAUGCGGAACUUCACCGGUAAUAGCUGAGUAAGAGGAGAGUGUUUCGCCGCACUACAAUGGGUGCCUAUACUUACGUGUCAGAGCUAUGGAGGAAGAAACAGUCAGAUGUGAUGAGGUUCUUGCAGAGGGUGAGGUGCUGGGAGUACCGCCAGCUCCCAUCCAUAGUGCGUGUCACUAGACCUACUCGUCCUGACAAGGCACGUCGCCUCGGCUACAAAGCCAAGCAGGGCUACGUGGUUUACCGUGUGCGUGUGAAGCGUGGUGGAAGGAAGAGGCCUGUACCCAAAGGUAUUGUGUAUGGUAAGCCUACCAACCAGGGAGUCACCCAGUUGAAGUUCCAGCGCAGUAAGCGAUCUGUUGCUGAGGAGCGUGCUGGUAGGAAAUUGGGUGGUCUUAAGGUUCUCAAUUCUUACUGGAUCAACGAGGAUUCUACUUAUAAGUACUAUGAAGUGAUCCUGAUUGAUGCUGCCCAUGCUGCUGUGAGGAAUGACCCAAGAAUCAACUGGAUAUGCAACCCGGUUCACAAGCACAGGGAGCUUCGUGGACUGACUUCAGCUGGCAAGAAAAACAGGGGUCUCCAAGGAAAAGGACACUUGCACCACAAGCAACGUCCCUCAAGAAGGGCAACUUGGAAGAGGAACCAGACUCUGUCUCUACGCCGCUACCGUUGAUCUGUUUAGAUUUUCUCGACAGAGUUUCUUGUUAUGUUUUCACAGUUGUAGACCUUUCAUCCCUCUUUGGAAAUCAAGUGCUGCAGAAACUUUUAGAACAUCUCAAUUUGAGCAUUGGAUAAUAUGACGAUAGAUUAUUAUGUUAUACCAGUAUAUUUUUCAGGUCAUUUCAGAUGCUA